AACUCAUUUCCUAUUCUAUGUGGAUGAUCACUGUAGUGAGGGGACGUUUCACAGUCCAUCAGCUGGAAGAGAAAAUGGAGUUCUGUGGCAGAGACUUCUUAGAAGCAUAAAACCCUGUCCCAAUGACGUCAAAUUCGCCCGUUGGCUUAGAAGGCUCAGACCUGUCUUCCAUCAACACCAUGAUGUCAGCAGUAAUGAGUGUAGGGAAUGUGGCUGAGAAUGGUGGGAGCCCUCAGGGCAUCAAAUCCCCCUCGAAGCCUCCAGGACCAAAUCGGAUUGGUAGAAGGAACCAGGAAACGAAAGAGGAGAAGUCUUCCUACAGCUGCCCCCUAUGUGAAAAGAUUUGCACUACCCAGCACCAGUUGACUAUGCACAUUCGUCAGCACAACACAGACACUGGAGGAGCCGACCACUCAUGCAGCAUCUGUGGGAAGUCACUGAGCUCAGCCAGCUCCCUGGAUCGUCACAUGCUGGUGCACUCUGGCGAGAGGCCUUACAAGUGUACUGUGUGUGGCCAGUCUUUUACCACCAAUGGGAACAUGCACAGGCAUAUGAAGAUUCAUGAGAAGGACCCCAACAGUGCUACAGCUGCAGCCCCUCCAUCCCCACUGAAGCGUAGGCGAUUAUCCUCAAAAAGGAAACUGAGUCAUGAUGCCGAGUCAGAGAGAGAAGACCCAGCACCAGCUAAAAAGAUGGUAGAAGAUGGGCAGUCAGGUGAUUUGGAGAAGAUGACUGAUGAAGUUUUUCACUGCCCUGUAUGUUUCAAGGAGUUUGUUUGCAAGUAUGGACUGGAGACCCACAUGGAGACCCAUUCAGAUAACCCAUUAAGAUGUGACAUUUGCUGUGUCACCUUUCGAACACAUCGAGGACUGCUGCGCCACAAUGCACUUGUCCACAAACAGCUUCCCAGGGAUGCAAUGGGAAGACCUUUCAUCCAGAACAAUCCUUCAAUUCCUGCUGGCUUCCAUGAUUUAGGAUUUACUGACUUCUCCUGUCGGAAGUUCCCUCGAAUUUCUCAGGCCUGGUGUGAAACAAACCUACGAAGGUGCAUCAGCGAGCAGCACCGUUUCAUCUGCGACACCUGUGACAAGGCAUUCCCCAUGCCAUCUUCACUUGUCCUGCACAAGCAGACCCACAUCACUGCUGAUCAGGGACAGGAAAAGCUGCAGGCCAAGACCCUAGCUGAUGAUACCCUGGACCAGAAGGUCUUCCUGGCCUUACUAGGUCUGCAGCACACCAAAGACAUCAGGCCUGCACCUGCUGAGGAAUCCCUGCCAGACGACAACCAAGCAAUACAGCUCCAGACACUCAAGUGUCAGCUACCUCAGGACCCUGGCUGCACCAAUGUGCUGAGUCUGUCUCCUUUCGAAGCUGCUUCUUUAGGUGGUUCUCUUACAGUCCUCCCAGCUACCAAGGAGAGCAUGAAGCAUCUGUCCCUGCAGCCCUUCCAAAAGGGCUUCAUCAUCCAGCCGGACAGCAGUAUUGUGGUUAAGCCUAUCUCAGGCGAGUCAGCCAUUGAACUGGCAGACAUCCAGCAGAUUCUAAAGAUGGCAGCAUCAGCUCCCCCACAGAUCAGUCUUCCGCCACUCUCUAAGGCUCCCGCCACCCCUCUUCAGGCAAUUUUCAAGCAUAUGCCCCCUUUGAAGCCAAAGCCCUUGGUCACACCCCGGACAGUGGUAGCCACCUCUACACCCCCGCCUCUCAUCAAUGCACAGCAGGCAUCCCCGGGCUGUAUCAGCCCUAGCCUUCCUCCACAGCCCCUGAAGCUCCUCAAGGGGUCAGUCGAGGCAGCUUCCACUGCCCAUCUGCUGCAGUCCAAGUCUGGGGCCCAGCCAAACACAGUCACACAGCUCUUUCUGCAACAGCCUGGAGUGGAGCUGCCAGGCCAGCCUGAGAUGAAGACACAACUGGAGCAAGACAGCAUCAUUGAGGCCCUACUGCCCCUGAGCAUGGAGGCCAAGAUCAAGCAGGAGAUCACAGAGGGGGACCUCAAGGCCAUCAUGACAGGCCCCAGUGGCAAGAAGACCCCUGCCAUGCGCAAGGUGCUCUACCCCUGCCGCUUUUGUAACCAGGUGUUCGCCUUCUCUGGAGUUCUGCGUGCUCAUGUUCGCUCCCACCUGGGGAUCUCGCCCUACCAGUGCAACAUCUGCGACUACAUUGCUGCAGACAAGGCCGCUCUUAUCCGUCACCUGCGCACACAUAGUGGGGAGCGGCCCUACAUUUGCAAGAUCUGCCACUACCCAUUCACUGUCAAAGCCAACUGUGAGCGGCACCUCCGCAAAAAGCACCUCAAGGCCACCCGCAAGGACAUUGAGAAGAACAUAGAGUAUGUGAGCAGCAGCGCAGCAGAGCUGGUGGACGCCUUCUGCUCACCAGAAACAGUGUGUCGGCUGUGCGGUGAGGAUCUGAAGCACUACCGUGCGCUGCGCAUCCAUAUGCGCACACACUGCAGCCGCGGCCUGGGCAGCUGCCACAAAGGCCGUAAACCCUUCGAGUGCAAGGAAUGCAAUGCCACCUUUGCAGCCAAGCGCAACUGCAUCCAUCACAUCCUCAAGCAGCACCUGCAUGUGCCAGAGCAUGACAUUGAGAGCUAUGUGCUUGCUGCAGACGGUGGCCUUGGCCCCACAGAGAUGUCCACUGAGGCCUCUGGGAGAGGGGGAGAGGGCAGCUGCGUUGCUUUUGGUGAGUGCAAGCCCCUGGCCACUUUUCUGGAGCCCCAAAACGGCUUUCUCCACACAAGCCCUACCCAGACCCUGCCUUCCCAUAUCUCUGUCAAGCUGGAGCCAGCCAGUAGCUUUGCAGUGGACUUCAAUGAGCCUCUUGACUUUUCACAGAAGGGCCUGGCACUGGUCCAAGUGAAGCAGGAAAAUGUGCCUUCCUUCCUUAGUCCUUCCUUGGCCCCGUAUGACUGCUCCAUGGAGCCUAUCGACCUGUCUAUCCCCAAGAACGUAAGGAAAGGAGACAAGGACACAGUUGCUCCGAGUGAAGCCAAGAAGCCAGAACAGGAAGCUGAGAAUGCUGAGCAGCUCUCUCCCUCUCCACCACCCUGCCCUACCUUGCCAGUGACUUUGGAGUCCAGAGGGAUCCUAGAAAACCCCACAAGCACUGUGGUGGCUGUCACCACAGCUGCCAACCUGGAACCCCACACUCAGCCCCUCCAGGGCUCUGUUCAGCUGGCUGUCCCCAUCUAUUCCUCAGCUCUCAUCAGCAACCCUCCCCUCUUGGGCAACUCUGCAGUCAUAAGCAACUCAGCCCUCUUGAGCAGCCCAGCCUUGCUUCGACCCUUACGGCCCAAGCCCCCCCUGCUCUUGCCAAAGCCCCCCAUGACAGAAGAGCUGCCUCCACUGGCCUCCAUUGCCCAGAUCAUCUCAUCUGUGUCCUCAGCCCCUACUCUGUUGAAGACCAAGGUGGCUGACCCAGGGUCAUCAAGCACCAGCGGUAACACUGUGGCUGCAGACAACUUAGGAGGCUCCAUCCCCAAAGCUGCCACCUCCCCUACUGAUAAAACAAGCCCUAAAGAAUCCAGUGACCCAGCCCCCACAGCCAGCAGUCCAGAGGAAGCCUUGCCUGCUGAGCAGGGGCCAGCUUGCUCAUCCAAGAAGAGGGGUAGGAAAAGGGGGGUGAGGAACCGGCCCCUCGCCAACAGCAGUGGGGUGGACCUAGAUUCCAGUGGGGAGUUUGCCAGCAUUGAGAAGAUGCUAGCCACCACAGAUACCAACAAGUUCAGUCCAUUCCUGCAGACUGCAGAGGAUGACACUCAGGAUGAGGUGGCCGGAGCCCCUGCAGACCACCAUGGGCCCAGUGAUGAGGAGCAGGGUAGCCCCAGUGAAGACAGGCUACUGAGAGCAAAGCGGAACUCCUAUGCCAACUGCCUGCAGAAGAUCAACUGUCCCCACUGUCCCCGGGUCUUCCCUUGGGCCAGCUCCCUCCAGAGGCAUAUGCUUACACACACUGGUCAGAAACCCUUCCCUUGUCAAAAAUGCGAUGCCUUCUUUUCUACCAAAUCUAACUGUGAACGCCACCAGUUGCGCAAACAUGGAGUUACCACCUGCUCCCUGAGAAGAAACGGGCUUAUCCCCCCAAAAGAGGGUGAUGUUGGAUCCCAUGAUAGCACAGACAGUCAGUCAGACACGGAGACAUCUACCACUGCAGGUGAGGUAUUGGAUCUCACAGCACGUGAUAAAGAGCAGCUGCCAUCAGAGGGAGCCGUGGAGCUCAGCCCGACUACACAGGACCCCACUGUAAACGAGGCCAAAACAGAGGCAACCUCCCCUGGGAAGGAGGAAGAAAGGAGCACAGAAGAGAACCCAGAGCCAGAGGAAGAGUGCGGUGUGGAAGAAAGCAGUGGGGAUGCAGACGGCCCGGAGGAAGACACAGCCAGCAACCAGAGCCUGGAUCUCAACUUUGCCAGCAAGCUGAUGGACUUCAAGCUGGCAGAGGGUGAGGCAGGCACUGUGAGCCAAGGCACAGCCCAGCAGGACCAGAAACACACCUGCAACACUUGUGGGAAAAGCUUCAAGUUCCUGGGUACCCUGAGCCGCCACAGGAAGGCACAUGGCUGCCAGGAGCCCAAGGAUGAGAAAGAGGCACCUUUGCUAGAGAGCAAGAGUGCUGGCAGAACAGCUGAGGGGACCCCACCUACACCCGAGCCUGGGGAGAAGCCUGCUGAAUCCCCAGAAGUAGAGCCAGCCCCAGGCACCACGGAGACCUCAGAGGAGAAACAGAAUGAGGAGACAGAGGGUCCCUCUGAUGGAGAAGGAACAGCUGAGAAGAGGUGCUCAGAGAGGAGUGACGAUGACAAGAAACCAAAGACAGACUCCCCCAAAAGCACUGCCAGCAAAGCAGAUAAGAGGAAGAAGGUCUGCAGUGUGUGCAACAAGCGCUUCUGGUCCCUGCAGGACCUCACCCGGCACAUGAGGUCACACACAGGGGAAAGGCCAUACAAGUGUCAGACCUGUGAGCGAACCUUCACCUUAAAACACAGCUUAGUUCGACACCAGAGGAUCCACCAGAAAGCCAGGCACAGCAAGCACCAGGAGAAGGACAGCGACAAGGAGGACCAGGCCGAGGAGGACAGUGAGGAUGAGUCCACCCAUAGUGGUAACAACCCUGUCUCAGAGAAUGAGGCUGAGUCAGCUCCUAGCACCAGCAACCAUGUGGCCAUCACCCGAAGCCGGAAAGAGAGCUUGGCCAAUGCUGGGAAGGAAAAGGCUGCAGCAGGGCGGGCAGCUGAGCCCAGCCACAGCACCCCCAAGGGCCAGGUAUCUCCAGGUGAAACCGACCCUGAAAGCCCAGCAGCCCUUGUGCAAGACUUGCUGGAGCUAUGUGGCAAGAGGCCUGCCCACCCCAUCCUGGCUGCCACCGACAGCGCCUCACAGCUCCUGGGGAUGGAAUGACAGCCUGCCCUCUCCCCACCAGCACAAAACCAGCUGAGCAGAGCAUCACGAAUCUAGACUUCAUGAGGUUUUCUCAGUGUCCUUUAGCUGUCAGAGAGUGAGAGAGAUGACUAGGCAUGCAGCCAACCAAAUCGUGCCAUAGCCUUACCCAGUGCCCGUGCAUCCAGCCACAGCACGGCCAAUUCCAGUGCCUUAACUACUUAUGGAUCCUCCCUUGUCAUUGUGGGUGUUGUGUUUCCCAAAAUGACAUUUUAACAAAACAAAUAUUUUAAUGAAUUGGGGGAGGACCUUGUCAUUUAAGCAUUAACAUUACCUUUUGUACUGGUGUGUUUGAGCUUUUUUUUGUGAAUCUGUGAUAGUACUGUUUGUUCUGUAAGCUGGAAACAGAAGAAAAAACAUACCCUUGGAUACCUGUAGCCAAUAACUGGAAGAAAACGAUGUGAACUUCAUGACCAGAGGGAAGAUGGAUAGGAGGCUGAUUUCUAAAAUAGACCUCUUUUCCCUCUUGUUCGCCUCGUGGAGGAGCUGUGAUCUGGUCCUUGGUAUUAGUGGAUAUGGUUGAUGAAGGUUUCCAAUAUGGUUCAAGCCAAAAACCAGGAAAGAUUUUUAGCUUCAACCUUGUUUCCACUCUUCAUGUUAGAAAUGGGAAAGUUUCUAUUCAAGUUUCAAGACAUUAGUUCUUAAUUUACAGAGAAGAGUUACCUCCCCAGCAACUUAACCUAUGGAUGACAUGCCUGGAUGUCGUAUAUUUGAUUUUCUCUUCUCCUCAUUCGGUAUAUGUUGUUAUUAAUAUUAUUAUUAUUUUAUUGUUAUUUUUAGUUCAUCAAUUUGCUGGCCUCUGCAUUCUGCAGAAACAAAUGGGCAAUAUUUGUCCUGGGAGACCUGCACUAGCCCCUGGUCCCCACAUAACAUGUGCCUGAAGCUUUGUUGGCGCAUUGUGGUGACAGCUCUUCUACUGUACUCAGACAAGCCUUUCUUCUGUGACUGUAGAAUCCAGCAGGGGCCAAUAAUGGUCCUCCAAAAAUGGCCAAGGAGCGGCUCAGAGGGGAGAGCAAGGAUGCACAUGUGGCGGGGAGCAGGCAUCCGAGACACCAGGCCGAGCCUGGGGCACCACAGACAUGGCUUUUGAGGAAGCAAGGCAAUGACGGAUGCAUUACUCAUGAGCAAGGUAUCCAGUCUUCCUGCUGAGCCCAUCCAAGCCUUACCCCCCAGCUGUGCUACUGUCAUUUGAAAAGCAAGGAAAUACUACUACUGGUAAUAAAACUACAUGUGCGAGGUUUCGAUGAGAGGUUUAUAUUUACCUUCCUGCGAUGUGGGGUGGGUACCUAAAGGUAGAAGUGCUGUUGCUGGUUCCUUAACUGGCCUGAGCCCCUGGUGCACUAAAGCAGGAUUCCUUUCAUUCCUGAGCGUUCUAUACAAGCAAUAGAUGUCCCUCAUUGUAGCUGGCAUCAGUGAAAAGAAACAGAUCCUACUGUAGCUGACCAGUGUUCAGCACCCUUCCCUUUAGCUGAGACCCUGAGGAUGCCCAAGCCACACUGCUACUAGACCUGUGCCUGCCGCCACACCCCUGCACAGCCUCACCUUCCCCGGGGGAGGUGCUCCUUUGCCGUAUUCUUUCUCCUUGCUUCUGGCUUCAUGCGAUCCUCCUCUGCUUAGACUUGUGUCCCCAGAGAUAAGCAUACCCUUUUCUCCACCAAUUUCUAGUGGCUAAAAUCCAACCACCCUGACUUCAAAGGAAGAUAGAUAGUCUAUAGAUAAUGAAAAGUGAUAUCUUUGCAUAUGAAAGAAGAUUGAGGUAUAUGAUUUUUUUAACUGUGUUAGGGAAUUAUAAACCAGUUUAAAAAUGAGAUUUUAUUUACUAUAGAGAUACAAAUCAGAACCAAUGAUCCCAUGGUCUUCUAAGUUAAAACCAGUUCCUGCAUCCCUUAUUUUUUAUUAUUAUUACAAUUGUUAUUGUUAUUUUCAUUGUUAUUAUUUGGGGUUUCUCGUGUUUUGUUUUUCUUUGCAACUCUCCACACUAAACUCAUGAUAUUGUGGGGAGAAGCCAUGACUGAACUCUAUGCUGCGGUGAGAUGUAGCAAGGAUCAGCUCCCAGCAGCGUCUGUAGCCGGGGCUGCAGCUCGCAAUAAUCACUAUUGAUUUAAAGCUUUAUUUAGCCUGAUCUAUACCUUUGUAGUCAAUAAGGUCUUGCCACAUUUUAUUAGUGAGAUUGAGAAAUGUAUUAUUUGUUUGUUGUUCUGCCCGCCUCCCCCAAUAUUAAACUGUGAAAUUUGUGAUUUGUUUAAACGCUGGGUGAAUCAUAGUUUAGUUUGCAUGUCCAGCUAAUUUGUUUCUAUACAUUUUGUUUGAUUCUCUUUCUCCUUCUCUCAGGGCUUUUACAAAUAUAUAUAUUAUAUAUACAUAUAUAUAUAUACAUAUAUAUAUAUGGAUCUUCUGAAAAAAAUUUUUGAGGUGCAAGUUUUUUCUCUUUUAUUUUUUUCUCUUUAAUUAACGGACACAAUGCUGAGAUUCAAUCACUACAUUGAAACACCUGGCUGUGAAACAAAAACGAAACAACCCCCGCGGGGGAACACCGGGAGUAGGAUGCCAGUUUGACAGAUUCAUCCUACCUUUGUCUCUUUCCUCUCCUCUCUUUCUUCAAGAAGGAAGUUGAUCCUAGUGAUUUCAGCCCAUGCAUUAAACAGGAAACAAUAAUAAAUGUGUAGAAUUCAUAUUUUUCUAAAGGGAACUUAAAAACUGCUGCUACAUGUUAUGUACAAAACUGGUUUAUGCCACAUGAACAGAGAAUCACAAGUUUGGUUUUGGUACUUUUUGUUUCUCUUUGUACUCAGUUGUAUAGAACUUCCAAAUUCAGAAUGAAAAGAAAACUGUUCUGUAUCAAACCAUCUAAGCAAUAAAUGUUAUAUUUUAAACGGCAA